AUGGAUUUGGUCAAUCAUCUAACUGAUAGACUGCUGUUUGCAAUCCCAAAGAAAGGUCGUUUAUAUUCCAAAAGUGUCUCUAUUUUGAAUGGCGCUGAUAUUAAUUUCCACCGUUCUCAAAGAUUAGACAUAGCACUAUGCACAAGCUUACCUAUAGCAUUGAUCUUUUUGCCUGCUGCAGAUAUUCCAACUUUUGUUGGUGAAGGUAAGUGUGACCUUGGUAUAACUGGUGUUGAUCAAGUUCGUGAAUCUGAUGUCGACGUGGAUUUAGCAAUCGAUCUGCAAUUUGGUAACUGUAAAUUGCAGGUGCAAGUCCCAGUAAAUGGCGAAUAUAAAAAACCAGAACAAUUAAUCGGCAAAACUAUUGUUACCAGUUUUGUGAGACUUGCUGAAAGAUACUUCGCGGGGUUGGAGGGAACUACCGUUGAAAAAAUGACAACAAAGAUAAAGUAUGUUGGUGGUUCCGUGGAAGCAUCCUGCGCUCUGGGAAUUGGUGAUGCUAUUGUGGAUCUUGUAGAAAGUGGUGAGACAAUGAGAGCAGCAGGCUUGGUCGAUAUUGCCACUGUUCUAGGUACAAGUGCCUAUCUAAUAGAAUCCAAGAAUCCAAAGAGUGAUAAGAGUUUGAUUGCUACCAUAAAAUCAAGAAUUGAAGGUGUUAUGACCGCUCAAAAAUUCGUUUCGUGUAUUUAUAACGCACCUGAAGAUAAGCUACCCGAACUUUUGAAGGUGACACCUGGUCGUAGAGCACCAACCAUUUCGAAAAUUGAUGAUGAGGGAUGGGUUGCUGUUAGUUCUAUGAUUGAGAGAAAGACAAAGGGUGUUGUUUUAGAUGAAUUGAAAAGACUCGGUGCAUCCGAUAUCAUGGUUUUUGAAAUUUCUAAUUGUCGUGUAUAA